GCCAAUCAGAGCGUAGGUUUUUGUCUCGCGGAGGGCCGCUGCAUGUUCACUCAUCAUGUCUUCGACUGAUGCUAAUAGUGGCCCCAGUCAAGCACCACCUUUUCCUGGUGUACCACCUGCAGGAAUCCCCCCGCUCUUUAUGGGGCCACCAGGAAUCCCGCCUCACUUCCCUCCAAUGGGAAUGCCACCCAUGGGCCAGAGGCCGCCCAGCAUGGCCCCCAUGCCCCCGGGAAUAAUGCCUCCCAUGAUCCCCCCGAUGGGAGCUCCACCCAUAGGACAGAUGCCAGCCAUGAUGCCACCAAUGAUGCCUGGAAUGAUGAUGCCCCCCCGUAUGCCAGCUGCAUCAAUCCAGCCUACAGGACCGCCUGGUGUGAGUCCAGUGGAGUCUGCAGCACCGGCUGCUCCUGGAACAACCAGCACCACAUCAACUGAGUCUUCGCCUGAUGAACAGUCGAAAAAGAAGUCGGUAUGGACCGAGCACAAAUCCCUGGAUGGAAAAACAUAUUACUACAACACCGAUACCAAACAAUCCACCUGGGAGAAACCAGAUGAUCUCAAAUCACCUGCAGAGCAAAUGUUGUCCAGAUGCCCGUGGAAAGAGUACAAGUCAGACACCGGCAAGCCCUAUUACUACAACUCACAGACCAAAGAGUCUCGCUGGACUAAACCCAAAGAACUGGAGGACCUGGAGGCGAUGAUAAAGGCGGAGGAAAACGGGACGGUUGACGUUGUGGCUCCUGGCACCACCCCUGCUCUUACAUCUCAAAGCGAGUCCUCUGUUACCGUGGCAGCAGUUGCUGAGACAGAGGCUACCAUGGCGACAGUCGCCACAGAGGAACAGCCGUCUCACGUGCCUGCACCGGUUGCUGAGGUCAGCAGUGAUGUCACCGUUAACUCCACUGAGGAAACGCCGAGCAUAGAGACACAACCCAGUAAUGAUGUUUCUAAGGAGGAGAGACCUGAGCUGGUGAAGAAAGUUUACAAGCCUUGGAUUCAAGCGAAGAGUUACGCCAGUUUUGAUUUCGGACUUUGGCUAAUGAAUGCAACCGGAGCUCGCGGCGUUUCCUCCAAUGCAUCAUGGGAGCAGGCAAUGAAGCUGAUAAUUAAUGACCCUCGUUACAGUGCUCUGCCCAAGCUAAGUGAAAAGAAACAGGCGUUCAAUGCUUAUAAAGUCCAGACAGAGAAAGAGGAAAAGGAAGAAGCCCGAAUCAAAUACAAGGAGUCUAAAGAGACUUUCCAGCGCUUCCUGGAGAACCAUGAGAAGAUGACCUCAACCACACGAUACAAGAAAGCGGAGCAGAUGUUUGGCGAUCAGGAGGUGUGGUCAUGUGUUCCCGAGAGAGACAGGCAGGAGAUCUAUGAAGAUGUGCUGUUUUAUUUAGCAAAGAAAGAGAAGGAACAAGCCAAGCAGCUGCGGAAGAGGAACUGGGAAGCUCUGAAGAACAUUUUGGACAAUAUGGCCAAUGUGACGUACAGAACUACGUGGUCUGAGGCACAGCAGUACCUACUGGAUAACCCCACCUUUGCUGAAGAUGAGGAGCUACAGAACAUGGACAAAGAAGAUGCUCUGAUCUGUUUCGAGGAACACAUCCGUGCUCUUGAGAAAGAGGAGGAGGAAGAGAAACAGAAAACUCUGCUGCGAGAGAGACGCAGACAGCGCAAGAACAGAGAGUCUUUCCAGAAAUUCCUGGAUGAGCUUCACGAUCACGGGCAGCUGCACUCCAUGUCUGCCUGGAUGGAGAUGUACCCGACCGUCAGCGCUGAUAUCCGCUUCAACAACAUGCUGGGCCAGCCAGGCUCCACCCCUCUGGACUUAUUCAAGUUUUACGUGGAGGAUCUGAAAGCGCGUUAUCAUGAUGAGAAGAGAAUCAUUAAAGACAUCCUGAAGGAUAAGGGCUUACUGGUGGAGGUCAACACAGGCUUUGAGGAGUUUGGCUCAGUGAUCAGUUCAGAUAAACGUGCCACCACGCUGGAUGCAGGAAACAUCAAACUGGCCUUCAACAGUUUGCUGGAGAAGGCUGAAGCACGUGAGAGGGAGAGAGAGAAGGAGGAGGCCAGGAAGAUGAAGAGGAAGGAGGCGGCGUUUAAGAGCAUGCUGAAACAGGCCACACCCCCUCUAGAGCCUGAGGCCACAUGGGAGGGAGUAUGUCAUGCUAUUACAAUAAAAUAUCAAUUAAAAUUAAAAUUAAUCUUGGAAAGUCUUUCAGCUAAAGCAGUGGGUUAUGUCUGUGAUCUCUCUCUUCAGCACGAGUGUCAACAUCAUCAUUCAAAGACUAAGAAACACGCCAAGAAAUCCAAGAAACACCACAGAAAACGUUCCCGAUCUCGAUCAGGCUCGGAGUCAGAGGAUGAUGAGUAUCACUCGAAGAAGAAGAAACUCUCCGCAUCUAAAUCUCCAUCCGAGCACUCGUCCUCUGGGGAGUCUGAGAGGAGUUACAAGAAAUCUAAGAAACACAAGAAGAAGGGAAAGAAAAGACGACACAAAUCGGUGAGUAGAGAACAACUGAACUUCUUUAAUACCAGUCAAUUGAUGAGUCUGACUUACUAAAUAACCUGCACACAG